AUGAACUCCCUCCGCCUCGCCCGUGCGGCUGUUCGAGCUCGCCCUGCAGCCUUUCGGGCUGUCGCCCAGCGGAGAACCUACGCUGAGGCCGUUCCCGACAAGAUCAAGCUGUCUCUGUCUCUGCCUCACCAGUCCAUCUACCGAUCCCAGGACGUUAUUCAGGUCAACAUCCCCGCCGAGUCUGGUGAAAUGGGUGUCUUGGCCAACCACGUUCCUUCCAUUGAGCAGCUCAAGCCUGGUAUUGUUGAGGUGGUUGAGGAGAGCGCUGGGUCUAAGCAAUUCUUCCGUAUGUGGCGCCCCGUUCUUCAUCGAUAUUUAGACACACCGGUCGGAGAGCAUUGGCCCAUCGCUGGUGGGUUCGCCACCGUUCAGCCCAACUCUACCAUGAGCAUCAACGCUAUCGAGGGUUACCCGUUGGAGGACUUCAGCGCCGAGGCGGUCCGAGCUGGUAUUGCCGAGGCCCAGAAGGUUGCCAGCGGCAGCGGAAGCGAGCAGGAUAUUGCUGAGGCUAAGAUUGAGCUAGAGGUUCUUGAGACUCUUGCUGCCCAUGUGAAAUAG